UUAUUGUACCAAGAAUAAAAUUUCAAAAGAAUUCAAUUCUUCAAAAAUUUAACAUUAUUUUAGGCCAAUUCAACGUGCCCAAGCCCACUGCAACGAUAUAUGCUCACGAUAGUGCCAAAAAGAUGAACUUAGACCAAUCCCUGUGUCUCAUGGUUGUCAAGGACUUACAACCGUUAUCCUUUGUUGAAGACGAGGGAUUCAAGAAAUUUUGUCAUUCGCUUGACCCUCGCUACACUCUACCUUCAAGACGAACUCUAUCGGAAGUGCAUAUUACAAAUAUGUUUUCCAACGUUCAAGAAAAACUGAUUAUCUACCUUCAUCGGGCCAAUUGGGUAUCCAUUACAACAGAUUUGUGGUCUUCGGUAAAUUGCACUGGAUUCCUUGCAAUAACGGUCCACUUCUUUGACGAACAGACUUGGCCACUCCAAUGUUUCAUAUUGGAUUGUCUAAGAGUUCGAGGCCGUCACACCUCCGAAAAAAUUGCCACCGAAAUUCGUAUGGUAUUGGAGCGGAACAAAAUAAUGGACAAGGUUAUCGUGGGAGUUACCGACAAUGGAGCAAAUGUGGUGAAGGCGAUACGAGACAUUGGUAUUACCCAUGAGGCAUGUUAUGCCCAUUCUUUGAACUUGGUGGCCAACUAUGCACUAAGAGAAGUGGAGCAAACCAGGAAGAGCACCCAAGUAAUGGAAUUAUUCGAGAGGAUACAACAAGAUCAAGGCCGAACUAGGCCGAAGAAAUUGAUCCAAGACGUGCCAACGAGAUGGAAUUCCACCUUCGAAAUGCUCAAACGACUUCUAGACCUGAAGGGUCCAGUCUCAACCUUGCUUACCGAGCCAGGGAUGCGGGAGAAGGUGGGAAUUUUCGACUCUAAUACGUGGCAAGGUAUUUUCGACGCGGUGCGAGUUCUCAAACCACUUUUUGAAGCCACGGUGGCGCUAUCUAGCGAGAAUAGGACAACGGGGUCCAAAAUAGUGCCCAUAACAAAGAUGCUCCUUACAAACUACGACAUCUUUGUUCAAAAUUCAGUCCCUGGUACUGUGAGGCACAAUCUGGCCAAGGCCAUCAAAAAAAACUUGGUUCGUCGUUUCACAUCUGUCGAGGAUAACGUCAAGCUUUCCAUCUCGACAAUAUUAGAUCCCCGUUUCAAAACCAAAUGCUUCAGAGAUGAAACGAGAGGCACGUUCGCCACCGAUCAAAUUCAAGCCGAAUUGUUGGAGGUCAAUCGCCAAGAGCCCGUUCGUCCAAAGAGAUGUUCGCCACCAGUCCACUCAUCACUGUGGGAGACAUUUGAUUCAAAGGUUGUUGAAGAAAGGCCAGCGCUUUUGGACUUGCAAUGCUACUUGAAUUCCCCAUGCCAACCAAGGUGGACCAAUCCACUAGAUUGGUGGAAACAAAUCGGGCGCGAAAAACAUCCAGAGUUGUUCCAAAUAGUCAAGAAAUAUUUGUCCAUUCCCGCCACAUCCGUGCCGUCAGAGAGGGUUUUUUCUUCGGCUGGACAAAUCCUCUCAAAGAAGAGAAACCGCUUGGGGGAUGAAAAUGCCAGAAAAAUGAUAUGCCUCCAUGGCAAUGUGGAUAUAAUUUGAAGACCAAUUUCGAUCCAUUUGGCUGGUUUCCUUGAUUACUAAUGCUGGUUUCAUAUAUUCAUCUUUCAAAUAAAUGUUC